GCCACAGAUUCCCCCAUUUUCCUGCAAAUGCGAUCCGAACUGCAACUUAUUCAGCGGAACAGAAAAAACACACAAAAUCAGUGGAUAUUAGUGACGAAGCAUCGCUGGACAUGAUGGGGAGAAGCUGCAUUUUGUUUUUCCUGUUGAUUGGUGUGUCCUUUCUCAGCAGCAUUGGCUGCCUGGGUGAACACAAGUCUAUGAAUGACAGUGUGGGCACGGAGGAUGUGGAAAGGCCUAUGCCUCCUCACAUUGUCUUUAUCAUGGUGGAUGACCAGGGUUACGGAGACAUUGGCUACCAUGGCUCGGACAUCCAAACUCCUGCCCUGGACCACCUGGCAGCAGAUGGGGUCAAACUUGAAAAUUAUUAUGUCCAGCCUAUCUGCUCACCCUCUCGCAGUCAACUCAUGACAGGACGCUACCAAAUUCACACAGGACUCCAGCAUUCAAUCAUCCGACCACGUCAACCCCUCUGCCUGCCCCCAGACAUUCCCACCCUACCAGAGCGUCUGGUUGAAGCUGGAUACGCCACACACAUGGUGGGUAAAUGGCACCUGGGAUUCUGCAGGUCGAGCUGCCUGCCCACUGGUCGUGGCUUUCAGAGUUUCCUGGGCACGCUGACUGGAAGUGGAGACCACUAUUCCUACCAGAGCUGUGAUGGAGCUGAAGCUUGUGGAUUUGACCUGCAUGACGGGGACAGACCUGCCUGGGAGAUGAGCGGGAACUACUCCACUCUGCUCUAUAUAGAAAGAGUGAAGCAGAUCUUGACAAGCCAUGAUCCCCAGACACCACUCUUCCUCUACCUGUCUCUUCAGGCCGCCCAUACACCCUUGCAGGCACCAGACCAUUUCCUGCAUCACUAUGAUUCCCAGAGUAACCGUCUCAGGCGUCACUACGCAGCCAUGCUGAGCUGCCUGGAUUACGGGGUUGAACAACUGGUCCAGGAACUGAAGGAAUGCGGCCUCUACAAAAACUCAGUACUGAUCUACUCAUCUGAUAACGGUGGGCAGCCUCUGUCUGGAGGAAGCAACUGGCCACUGAGAGGUGGCAAAGGGACGUACUGGGAGGGGGGCAUCCGGGCUGUCGGCUUUGUCCAUAGUCCCCUUCUGAAGAGGAAGGGUGUAGUAAGCAAAGCACUGAUCCAUGUCUCUGACUGGUACCCUACAUUACUGGGGCUUGCAGGAGCCCCACAAUCCCACCAUGGCCUUGAUGGUCAUGACGUAUGGGGGAGCAUCAGCGAGGGCCUGCCAUGUCCUCGCACUGAAAUCCUUUUCAACAUUGACCCAGUCUCCAGGCAAGCCGGGGAACCAUAUGACAAGGCACUGGUAAUCAACGGCUUUGGGAUCUGGGACACAGCCGUGAGGGCAGCAUUUAGGGCUGGGGACUGGAAGCUACUGACGGGAAAUGUGGGUGACGGGGACUGGAUACCACCGCAUGCUCUUCCUGGUGGUCCCGAUCGGUGGCAGAAACUUGAGAAGCGGCGCAAUGAGAUUGGGAAAUCAGUUUGGCUGUUUAACAUCAACUCUGACCCCUAUGAGAGGUCCGACCUGGCAGAAGCUCGUCCAGAAGUAGUGAAGCAUCUGCUGACCAGGUUGGCAGAGUACAACCAGACCGCCGUCAUGGCUAGAAAUCCACCAGAUGAUCCCAUGGCUGACCCAGAGCUUCAUGGAGGGGUGUGGAGCCCCUGGCUGGGCCUGGAGGGACAAGAGCAGGACCAUGAAGAGAAUGGCAGGAAAGACAGGAUGAUCAAGAUUAAGCAUUGCAAAUUAUGCAAAUUAAAAGCCCUCUUCAAGAGGGUCGGGUCACGCCUGCAGAGAAACCCCUUAUUCUAAAAAAAAAAAGAGUCUCUUCUGGCGUUGUAAUUAAACUAAAGGAUUCAGCAUGCCUCACAUGAAAAAGAACGUGUCUAAACUUUAAUAGCUCUUUCCAAAGGACGCGUUAUGAGAUGGAUUAUGUCAGGAGAUAGUACUUAAAAAACUGUAUUCAUUGUGUUGCCCUUGGUCAUACAUGCAAAAUAAAUCCAGAGAUAGUCUCAUGAAUAUUGAAAAAAUACAGCUUGAGAGAAUAGUUUUCACCUUGCAAGCUUUUUUACCUCUACACGCCUUGUCACCCACCUUACUGGAUGAACUGGAUGAAAUAGCUAACAGCAAGUCUCAAAAUCCAAAAUGUGAGGUCUAAGGAAGCAUACUGACAUCUAGAACAGGAGGAAGCAGAAAGUAAAGACAAAUAUGAACAAACACAAGACGCCAGACCAGAAGAAAAGCAGAGGUCAGAUAGACAAGAUAGAUCCACAAUCAAAUGCUGAAGGUCGGCAGAUAAACAGGCAGCCUGAUAGACAAAGCAGACAGAUUUGUGCGGCUGGCUGAGCAAGCUGAGUCACUCGCUGUCCUGCAGCCAAACUGCGGCAGGGAGACUGUGGGCUGUCGUUGGACUGUGCAGGGAGCAAUGUGUGUGUCGCUGGGCAUGUACGACUGUAUUCAUGAAUAGUUUGAUUAAUACACGUAGAGAUAGAGCGCGUGCAUGUGGAAGUGAGGCCUGUAGUGACCUUGCAAUGUCUCAUCUCUUAAUCAUCCAAGAGGACCCUUUAAAGAGGACACAAAGACACCCACGGGGCUUGUUUUUGUCAAAUGUCACCUUGUUCUUUUUUCUUAGGGGUUACACAGAUUCACGUCUGCUCACAGUACUCUCCUUUGCCUUUGAAAGACCUCUGACUGCCGCGCAAUGUCCAGUCCCUGCGGCAGCGACGCACCAACAAAGGUUCAACAGCUGAUACUGUCAGAACUCAUCUAUGUAAGAAAAUGCUGAAUAAAAAUCUGUGUUUGCCAAUCA